AUGUCUUUGCAUCCAAAUAGAGCAAUGCAUGGAUCGGUAAAUUCUGCUACUCAAAGCGCUGACCCAGUCGAUGUGCGGAAUCUGGGCGGUAAUUCGGAUCGUUGUAUGGACUGUGCUGUGGGUCGGCAUGAGAAGGAGAAGCCGGUGGGACUGUACGGGUGUCAUGGCCAGGGCGGCAACCAG